AUGCUCCCGCAAGAUGUCCUCGGGCCACUUCGAGAAGUCUUUGAUCACAACGCAUUUGAGCUUCGGGUUGUUGACGACGUCAGCUGGCAGAUCUCGACGAACAAAGGCGACGACUUGGGAGAUUUCCGGGUGGGCAAGGCAUUGAACAAGGGCCUCGCCGCCAAUCAUCCCACUGGCUCCUACAAUGAGAACUUUCAUAAUGGCGAUGACACAGCACCAACUCGAAGAUAA